UAACUGGUGUACACUCUAUCAAGUUAACCUUUUGAGAAGGUAAUGACACAAGGGUAGAGGCUACCUUGAACCCAUAAUUUAAAGGAACCCAUUUUUUAUUCAAGCCCGAUCCAAACCAUUGAACUCGCAGUUUUAACAGAACCCUGCAUAUUUUUUUCCAUGUUGGCGGGAAGUACGACAACCCUUGAAACUUUGUCGGUGUAAAUUGAUAAAAAAUUUGAUGCGCACAAAGUGUUUGCAUUUAUGUUACAGCCAUAAGCCAAGACCCAAAGCUAGCUCUUUUAAUCAUUCCCCAAUCUCUCAUUUGAUACAAUGGCAAUGUGUUUUAAACAGUUCUCGCCUGGUAAAAACUUGUUUAGCCUCUUGAACCAACAGGUUCGAUCCUUUGCACGUGAUCCAUUCCCCAACAAACUCACCCAUUACCUUCAUCGAGCCAAACUCAUUGACUCUAUCCGACUCGCUCUUCGUUCCGACUCUCCUAACUCGCUCAAUCCUCUUCUCCAAACUCGCCUUCUUGAUUCCUUCGUUGUCACUAACGCUCUUCGUUCUGCUCCUUCAGCAGACUCUGCUGUUUCGCUUAUUGAAAACCUUGAGCAAGUUCCAAACUUCGACCAUUCCCAGAAUACCAUUUUUGCUUUUGCAACUGUUCUUGCAAAGUUCAAGCGAAAGGAUGAACUUAAAGCGUUGAUUGUUGACAUUAAAGGUGGAAAAUUUAACCAUGUUAAAGUCAGUUUUAUGAACCUUUUGUUUUGGUAUGCUACUGUUGGGGACCUUGAAGAAGUUUUAAGUACAUGGGAAGAGUAUCGGAGUGAGGAAAAUCGACUAUCGACAGAGGCUCAUAACAUUCUCAUGGGGCUUUAUGCUCAAAAGGGUAUGAAUUUGGAGGCUGUGGAGGCUUUUCGGGGUAUGAUUGAUGAAGGUGUGAUUCCAAAUUCAAGGACUUACACAAUUUUAAUAGAGCAUCUUGUGAGGUUAGAGAAGUUGGAUGCAGCUAUGGAAGUGUUUAGUGUGUUGCCUUUAAUUAGAAUCAAGAGGACUUUAAAACAGUAUUCAGUUUUAAUUGAAGGGUUUGUUGGUGGAGAACAGUUUGAUGUGGUGAAACGUUUGCUUAAGGAAAUGAAAGAGGAUGGGAAGUUACCUGGACGAGCAAUGCGUGUGUAUUUAGAACGAAUGAAAGAGGCGGGAUGUGUUGAUGAGACUGAUGAGUUUCUUGUAGAAAUGUUGCCUGACGGAAGGAUCAAGAGCAUAGGUUCUUGUGAGGAUAGUAGUGAUGAGGAUGAGAAUGAGGAUGAUGAUAUGAACGAAGGAGUUGAUGUUCAUAAGGUUGAGUUGAAACCAUGGUUAGAUCCAAAAGCUUUGGCAAAUGCCUUAAAAGAAUGGGUGCCUGAAGUGGUAGCUGUACUAGAGGAUGCUAAAUUUGUGUGGACUAGUAGGUUGGUUUGCAAAGUUCUUAGGAAUUUCAGUUCAGCUGAGACAGCUUGGAAUUUCUUCUGUUGGGUCGCUUCUCAGCCAGGAUUCACUCAUGAUAUCUACACAGUGCAAAGAAUGAUGACCCUACUGGCACGUCAUGGAAAUGUUGAAUUGGUCAAUAAACUUAUAAACAAAGUACGGAGGGAGGGAAUGAGAUUGCCUUUCAGCACCAUCAGGUUGCUUAUUGAAUUCUAUGGCAUUUCAAAGAAUGCUGAUGCUGCCUUGAAGGUCUUCCAUGAUGAUAGAACACUCUGUGGUCCCAUAUCAAAGUUCAAUCUAAUGCUUUUGUAUUCUUCUCUCUUGAGGGCAUUAACAAAGUGUCAGAGAAAUUCCGAUGCCCUGGAUGUACUUGAUGAGAUGAUUUUAAAUGGUAUUUGCCCAGAUAUUCAGACAUUUUCUGGGUUGCUAUAUCACUUUGCACUACAGGGCAAUAUCAAAACUGUCCAGCAACUAUUUUCGAUGGUUAGGCAGAGUGGCUUGGAACCAGAUGCCUAUAUGUAUAAGUUGCUAAUCCAAGCUUAUUGCAAGUGUCAGAGAGCUGCACUUGCAUGGAGAGUUUUUGAAGACAUGAGGAAUUCAAAUCUAAUGCCUGAUUCUGCCACAAAAGACUUGCUUGUGAAGAGUCUUUGGCAAGAAGGCAGGCGAAAAGAGGCUGUUACUGUAGAAGAGAGGUAUGAGGAUAAUGAUGGAAUCCUUCCACUGGCAUUACGUGGUCAUGUAUGGACAGUUAGCUCUGAAGAUCUCACUAGAGUUUAUAGUAUUUAUUCUAACAGUGUUACAGCCACUACAUAGAGUUGAAUAAUUAUCUUCUACAAAGCAAAGCAUUUAGCAGCAUGGUCUUAUUGGGUUGCCAACCCCUACCCCACCAUUUUUUUUUUACUUCCUGCAGGCAGGAAACUGCAUUAGUGCUUUUUUAUCUUUUGGUGUAUCUGGGUUGCAAACCUGUUGGAACAGAUUAUCAAAUGAAAUUUGACAGAUAAAACUGGCUCAGCAAA